CAAAAAAUAAAAUGAUAAGUAAACCUAAAUAAUUUUUAGUAUAAAAACAAUUAACGACAUACGACAAUUGUCAAAUAACUUUCAAAUCAACAUGAACUCCUUAACCGUUUUAUUAUUAUGUGCUGGUGUUAUUGCAGCGGUAAACGGAGCUGUAUUAAAUCAAGAUCUUGCACAGUAUAAGCAGUUCAGCCAAGAAUGCGUAUCUUCUACCAAUACUGAUCCAAAGGAAAUUGCCAAAGUAUAUCAAGACGGACCAAUAAAAAAUGAAGUAUUAGGUGCUUAUUUGCUUUGCAUGAACAAUAAAUAUAACAUUCAUAACGCAAACGGAGAUGUUGAUCAAGAAAAUUUAAGAAAAAUCUUACAUGUAUUCAGCCCAUCUGAGGACAAAACUGAUAUUGUUGUCGCAAACUGUUCAGUUAAGAAAGAAGGAGCUACACCCCAAGAAGUAGCAGUGGAACUUGCAAAAUGUACUCGAAAAUACGUCCCAAUCAAAGCUCCAAAGGCAAACGCUGUUUAA